ACGUGCUCUUCAGCAGCACAGCCAUGAUGCCAGUGCACAUCACGCUGCCUCUCCCAAGAGACACUGGGCUUGUGAUGCAGGUCUGCCUCCAUCAAUACCACCACGGCUUUGCCUAGCUGCAGGCUCUGCGCCACACGGCCAAAGCCAGCCCGUUGUACUGGGACGGCCAACCCAGGUUCAGCUGUAGUGCUUUUUUCUACUUUUGUGAGACAGGUUCGUCUGAUAUGCGGGCCCCUACAAACCGACCGAGAUGCUGCGACAAUACAGACACACAGGCGGUCAACAGUCUUCCUUUGAAAACCUGUCUUGGAUCCGAGGUGUGGCUCCUCUGUGCAAGAGAGGUCACGCUCUCUCUGUGCCUGCUGCUCGUUGCCCUUCUGGUAGAGAGGCUCUUGUCACGGCGCUUGCUCAAACAUGCAACGCAGGCCAGGUUAUCUCAAUCUAUUCCACUGUCGCUCACUGCAGGAGAAAAGCCCCGGCCUCGGACAAUUUUCUGUUUAAAUUAAUCGCUUUUUUGCGCGUGUUGCUCCAGGCGCCUCCAGCUGGUCGCCCUACACGCCCUCUGUAACGCCAACCACCCCCCCUCAGGUCAACGCCUCCUAGAACCAAAAAUCUGGCUAUUGUUCGGACAGCGUGUCCUGAAAAUCACCAUCAUCAUUAGUAUUACAAUCUACAGACAGACCCCGGAUACAGUGUGGCAAAGAUGCCGACCAGGCUAGUGGUACAAGAUAACAUGAUGAACCGAGACGGGCCGGGGGACAGACGCUUCCCGCCUGGAUGGCAAAUAGUUACGACGCUUAUGCAGGCAACUGGAGCCGUGGACGAGGAAGCUAGAGCCCGUUCAAACAGUUCCUAGGCGCCGAUUCGUACAUGGCAAAUGAAGGCCUGCAGGCUGUCUGUCCAUGAGCUGCGACUGGGACAAGGCGGGCGGCGCCUUUAGUGACGGAAACGGUCAUAUCAGUACGAAAUGAAGGCAGCGGAGAUGAGACCCGGCAUCUUUCGUGCCACGGAGUCCCCCCUCAUGACUUGCAUAUUCUCGCAGCGUACGCCAUGCGCGUGGCCUGGAAUUGCAUACUCGCCUACGCAGGACCGACCGUUUUCCUGGGGCUGACGCCUUGUGUCACUGCUUG